AAUGUAUUUUCUAACAGUAUAUAAAACAAUUCAACUCUUAUUAGGUGAUUUACCUAAACAAGUUAAGGUGAAGAAACUAGUAAAACUAAAAUCACUCGAUACUAAACCAGGCAUUUACACAGCUUAUAAGACAUUUGUACACAAAGAUAAAAUUCUUAUUAAAAGGCUACUCAAGGGUAUUCAGAGGAAGAGGCCAUCUGAGGUGCAAAGUGCCAUAUUAAGAAGGCACUUGUUAGAGCUAACACAGAGCUUCAUCAUCCCCCUGGAGCGAUACAUGGCAAGCUUAAUGCCCUUACAGAGAUCAGUGACACCAUGGAAGACUCCUCCGCAGAUUCGUCCCUUUAACCAGGAUGAGUUCAUGGCCACACUUAAUCAUAGUGGACCACAACUUACCUCCAUGCUCAAAGGGGAUUGGAUGGGCUUGUACAGGAAAUUCUUCAGAUCUACAAAUUUUGAUGGCUGGUACCGUCAAAGGCACAAGGAGAUGUCCCAGAAAUUGGAGUGUCUGCACUUGGAGGUCAUCUGUGACGCUGAUUUGAUGGGUUGGACUAAAGACAAGUCUGAAGUGGAAAUUGUAGAUGUUGUUCUAAAGCUCAGAGAGAAAAUGACUAAAGCACGACAGCAGCAGCUGCAGGUCAGAGACGGUGUUGUGGACAAAUUGGAGACAUUUAUUGAAUCCAUCAUCAGCUCACUACCAGAGGAUCUUCAGACACUACUCAACUCAGAAUAAGCGGGCAAAGCAGAGAUUGUGGAAUUUUGUUUCUCAUUGCUUGUUUGGGGAGUGAAAAGUAAAAGAGGAUCAAACUUAGCAUUCAGUUGUUAAUUGAAUUUAAGUGUUUUGAAAUGCAUUCUGGGGAGACCUGGGGUUGCCUUUUAAAUUGUUUACAAAUGUUCCAGGUAUUAUUGCUACAAUAAGAGCUUAGAUAUGAGGCUGUAUUAAUGGAAGCCACCACCAGUAAAGAGCACUGAAGUCUCAAGUAUGAAAGACCGUAAAAACAUAACAAAAUUCAGAAUUAGAUGUCUGCAGUAAUUGUUUUCCUUGGCUGGGGAUUUUCUCAAAACAAUAUGUAUUUUAGCAAUUUUUAAGUGUGAAAUCAAAGUUUUGUUUGCCUCAAAACAAGUUCCAUAGACAUAAACAGCUGUAUGUGGUCAGAUCAAGGGGAUGAAAACUGCUAAAAUAUAGAAAAUUGUAUAGUUUACUUUAAUCACUUUUUAUUUCAAGGCUUGGAUUUAGUAAGGGUGAAAAUGUAUUGGACAUACAUACAUACAGGUUAGAAAAUAAUCCACUCCAUUUGUUUUGUGCCGUUUUAAAAUGGAAAACAACAUUGUACAAAUCUCUGCAGAUGGUUAAAAGGUAAAAAAAAAAUGCCAUUAUUAUGAAUGAGACUAGAAUUAUAUUGGAUCUGGGAGACAAUGUAGUCUCUUAUAAACUGAUUUUAGGCAACACAAAGCUAGUCAGUAAUCACACAUACACAUGGCUUAAAAUAGUGCAAGAGGCACGGAAUGUCCAAGUUACAACUGGACAUGUAAGCUAAUGAAGGAUAAAGGGAGUCUUCUGAAAUCUGAAAAAGAUAUGCAUGUCAAAAGAAUUUCAGUGUUUUAUUUUAUUAUAUGACCAAAUGGAUGCCAAGUUGUAGUUAUUAAGUUAUCUGUUAUUAUGCUAAUAAACGUUUCUAUAACUUU